GCGUUCUGUCAAACCGCUUUCUGUCAUUCCGCCUCAUUUUCGAUUUGUGUGCUUCUGCUAAUCUCCACUCACAAUAAAUAAAAUAAGUAUUUUAUUAACUAUUUAAAAAUAAUUAAACAAAAAAGAACAAUAAACUAAAGAAACAUGUCUAUCGGAGUACCAAUUAAAGUUUUGCAUGAAGCCGAAGGGCAUAUUGUUACAUGUGAAACAAUCACCGGCGAAGUCUACAGAGGAAAACUAAUCGAAGCCGAGGAUAACAUGAAUUGUCAACUAACCCAAAUAACAGUCACAUAUCGUGAUGGACGAACAACAAAUUUGGAAAACGUUUACAUUCGUGGAUCAAAAAUUCGCUUUUUGAUUCUGCCUGACAUGCUGAAGAAUGCGCCAAUGUUUAAAAAGCAAUCGGGCAAAGGAGGAACGGCCGGGAGAGGCAAAUCUGCUAUACUCCGGGCCCAGGGUAUAUCUAGAGGAAGAGGUCGUGGAGGGGUGGGCGGGAGAGGUGCUCCUCCGACUGGUCGUGGUUCUUGGCAGGGUGGUGCUCCAUCAGCAGGAAGAGGACGUGGAGGUUUAUAAGAAAAAAAUAUUACUCUUAUUUUAACUCUAAGCUACCUAAAUAUUUUAAAAUAAA